UAUGCACCGACGACAACCCUUCCUUAACAGAUACUCAUCCGGUGUUGUGUAUUAUGUAAAGCAGAUUUUUAGUCUACAAAAGUUGUUCAAAAGUUGAGCAGUAUCUCUCUGUAUACCCAUUUAAACGUUUGUGAUUAUUUACAGUCGGAAGGUUACCACACAAUACGCUAUGGUGCUGAAAUCAGAGGACGGUGUCGUGCCAGACGACUUGACGCCUGAGGAGCAGCAGGAGUUGGAGAACAUCCGCCGGCGUAAGCAGGAGCUCCUAGAGGACAUUCAGCGCCUGAAGGAUGAGAUAGCCGAGGUUACCAGCGAGAUCGAGAACCUGGGUUCAACGGAGGAGAGAAAAAACAUGCAGAGAAAUAAGCAGGUAGCCAUGGGCCGCAAGAAGUUCAACAUGGACCCCAAGAAGGGGAUCCAGUUCCUGAUUGAAAAUGACCUUCUGAAGAACACCAGCGAUGAUAUCGCUCAGUUCCUCUACAAGGGCGAGGGCCUGAACAAGACAGCCAUAGGGGACUACCUUGGAGAGAGGGACGAUUUCAACAUCCAGGUUCUGCAUGCAUUCGUGGAGCUGCAUGAGUUCACAGACCUGAACCUGGUCCAGGCACUUAGGCAGUUUCUGUGGAGCUUCAGGCUUCCGGGUGAGGCGCAGAAGAUCGAUAGGAUGAUGGAGGCUUUUGCCCAGCGCUACUGCCAGUGCAACCCUGGAGUCUUCCAGUCCACCGACACAUGCUACAUCCUGUCAUUCGCCAUCAUUAUGCUGAACACCAGCCUCCACAACCCCAACGUGAGGGACAAGCCUGCAGUGGAGCGCUUCAUCUCCAUGAACCGGGGUAUCAACGAUGGUGGAGACCUCCCCGAGGAGCUGCUCCGGAAUCUGUACGAGAGCAUCAAGAACGAGCCGUUCAAGAUCCCUGAGGAUGACGGGAAUGACCUCACACACACGUUCUUUAACCCGGACCGAGAGGGCUGGCUUCUCAAGCUGGGAGGUGGACGUGUCAAAACCUGGAAGAGACGGUGGUUCAUUCUCACAGAUAACUGCCUUUACUACUUCGAGUACACUACUGAUAAAGAGCCCAGAGGAAUCAUUCCUUUGGAAAACUUGAGUAUUCGGGAAGUGGAAGAUAAGAAGCCGAACUGCUUUGAGCUCUUCAUACCAGACAACAAGGACCAGGUGAUUAAGGCGUGCAAGACGGAGGCGGAUGGGCGGGUGGUGGAGGGCAAUCACACGUUCUACCGCAUCUCUGCCCCCACCACAGAGGAGAAGGACGAGUGGAUAAACAGCAUCAAGGCAGCAAUCAGCCGAGACCCCUUCUACGAGAUGCUGGCUGCCAGGAAGAAGAAGGUCUCCUCCAUGAAGAGGCAUUAGAUUUGCUCAGGGUGCUGCACUCUGGAGAUUCAGGGCUGUGUGAAAGUGCUCCUUAGU